AUAUCUUGAUAAAUUAAAGUUGCAAAGAAUAAGUGAGUCACCCAAAAAAAAAAAAAAAAGAUGGCGAAGAGCAACAACCUAAUCGGAUUCCUCAAUUUCCUGAGCUUCCUCCUCUCCCUUCCGAUCAUCGGCGGCGGCGUGUGGCUGAGCAGCCGCGCCAGCAGCACUGACUGCAUGAGGUUCCUCCAGUGGCCGCUCAUCCUGAUCGGCGUCGCCGUGAUGGUGGUGUCGCUGGCCGGCAUCGCCGGCGCCUGCUACCGCAACACCUUCCUCAUGUACGUCUACCUGUGGGCCAUGUUCUUCGUCAUCGCCGCCCUCGUCUUCUUCGUCAUCUUCGCCUACUCCGCCACCGAGAAGGGCUCCGGCCGCCCCGUCAUGAACCGCGUCUACCUCGAUUACUCCAUCCAGGACUACUCCGGCUGGCUCGCCGACCGCGUCUCCGCCCCGGCGUACUGGGCCAAGAUCAGCGACUGCAUCCGCGCCUCCCACGCCUGCCGCCGCCUCCAUAGGUUCGUCGGGGGAGUCCCCGAGUCCCCCGAGCUCUUCUACCUCAGGAAACUCACCCCUAUUCAGUCGGGAUGUUGCAAGCCACCAACGUCGUGCGGAUACACGUACAUGAACGAGACGUUUUGGAUCUCGGGCGGGGGGAUGACGGGAACGGACCCCGACUGCGCGCAGUGGAGCAACGACCAGCAUCAGCUGUGCUACAGCUGCGGCUCGUGCAAGGCCGGCGUAAUAGCCAGCCUCAAGAAGAGCUGGAGAAGAGUCUCCGUCGUCAACGUCAUCAUCCUCAUCAUCUUAGUUUUGGUUUACGUCGUCGCCUUGGCUGCCGUAAGACACAACAACCGGCUCGACGAGCCCCAUGGCGAGACCCGGAUGCAGAAAGCCCGCCCUAGCGUGCUUUUCUGAGGCCGGGCCCGCCCUAAUGAGGAAAGCUUUUCUAGCUAUAAAUCUGUGGAUACUUAUUGUAAGUUAUGUGUAUGUUGUAAGAUUUGUAAUUGUCUUGUUUAAUUUAAUUUAACCUUUGUGAGCUUUUGAGAUAUGAAUAAAUAAUUUGUAUCCAAAAA